AUACUCUAAAACUCUUUCUCCGGUACCAACUUAUGUGCAUUGCAAAGGAAUAUUGGUCAUAGACAAUUAAAUUCAUGGAUAACGUUAUUUAAGUAAGUUCAACAUUUCGACCACCUCAAUUACUACGAAUCUAAAUUAUAAUUUGCUAAAAAAAACCACAUUUUGGUUUCUCCUUUGCCAUCAAUAUUCAAUUAUGAUUCAAUCAUAUCACUUCAUGAAAAUAAUUAUUAGCAUUCAAAAGUAUGAUAUUGCUUGCUUGGCCAAGAAAAAGUGCCACAAUCAACAUAAAAUAACCAGAGAAUAUAUUUAUAAAAGAAAACCAGAAUAUUAGUAAAGGACUAUUGGACUAAUAAAAGAACAAGUAAAUAUCUUGGGGCAUAGAAGUAAUUCCUGUAAAUUUAGGUAUGCGAAAGGAAAAAGGUAAAAAACGGCGAGCCUCUUCAAACCCUAGGUCAAAUCGAGUUGCUACGGUAUAAAUACUAAAAUCAGUCUCUCAGAGUUUCCCAUCCGCUGCUAUUUCCCUCCUUCCAAACUGCUGCUCGUCGGAAUCGUUCGCCGCCAUGGGGAGAAGGCCAGCAAGGUGUUACCGCCAGAUCAAGAACAAGCCGUACCCGAAAUCCCGCUUCUGCCGUGGUGUCCCUGACCCUAAGAUCAGGAUCUACGAUGUGGGGAUGAAGAAGAAGGGAGUCGAUGAGUUCCCCUUCUGCGUCCACUUGGUUUCGUGGGAGAAGGAGAAUGUCUCCAGCGAGGCUCUCGAGGCUGCCCGUAUCGCAUGUAACAAAUACAUGACGAAGACGGCUGGGAAGGACGCUUUCCAUUUGAGGGUUCGAGUCCACCCGUUCCAUGUCCUGCGUAUCAACAAGAUGCUUUCGUGUGCUGGAGCUGAUAGGCUCCAGACUGGUAUGAGGGGUGCCUUCGGGAAGCCGCAAGGUGUCUGUGCUAGGGUGGCCAUUGGGCAGGUUCUCCUGUCGGUUCGUUGCAAGGACAACAACAGCAACCAUGCUCAGGAGGCUCUUCGACGUGCCAAGUUCAAGUUCCCUGGUCGUCAGAAGAUCAUUGUCAGCAGGAAAUGGGGGUUCACUAAGUUCAACCGUGCUGACUAUGUGAGGCUGAAGCAAGAGCAGAGGAUUUUGCCCGAUGGUGUCAAUGCCAAGCUUCUUGGAUGCCAUGGACCAUUGGCGAAGCGGGCUCCUGGACAAGCGUUCUUGACGUCUGCUGUCAAUGCUUAGAAACUGUGUUUUCCCCCCUUUCUACAGCAGUAGUUAAUCUUCCGAGGAACAUCAAACUCUUUUCUGCAUUUUUUGUUGGGGUGAAUUCGCUUUGCCCUCUGUUAUAUGAUGAUCUCCCAGAACGUUGGUUUAUUGUUUUUUCUUGUCGCUAGUCGGAACGGUUGUAGUGAAUGUGCAAUUUUGUACUUGAUUCAGAUCUGCUCGUGGUAUGGAUCAUGUACAAAAUCCUUUUGCUUUAAUUUAUCACCAUUAUCAGUCUUAAAAUCAGGUGGUAUUUGUCUUUCUGGCUUGGAAGAUGAGUGUUUAAGAUUCUGAAUCUGAACUAAGGGCUUACUGCAAGUGGUAAGCUUGAACAAGGAGCGGUCGGUUUGAGUGUUCUCGUGGGGCAAGUACCUUAGUAUUCAUGUUCGUCUAGCUCUGUAUUCAUGUUCGUCUAGCUACGGAUUGUAUGCAGAAUAAUGUUAAUGUGAUCUCAUAGUAGAAUGUAACAUCUAAAUUAUAUGUUUUAAAAUUGGACAAAGAUGCUUGUAAUUGUCGUUUGGACUUUUUUUUGGUUAAAGAUGAACAUUGUUGAGUUUGUUCAUUUAUCGAAUUACUUGAGAAGAGGCUAAUUUUGGCAAAUUAUGUUGUUAUAUCCAAAUUAGUUGUUUUUAAAUUGGACAAAGAGACAUGUAAAUGUCGAUCCUCUUAAUGAAAAUGCCAAGAUGGACUUCCUGAAGUUUUUGUGUUAUCGAAUUUCUUGUUGAAAAAGAAAAAUAUGAAUUGGUGCUAAUCAUAUUGAAUUUAUAUCGGAGCUUAGUACGUUAAUAAAGUUUUGAUAUUUCU